GUGUCAGUUGACCUUCGAACGGAACCGACGCUAAACGUAAUUUAUUUUGACUACAAAAUUCCUGUUGAAAGUUUGCGUUCUUGUAAGAAUUGAUCAUCACUUUUGAAGUUAUUGGACUGUCGGCUAUGCUGACUGUAGAUAAAUACCUGUGAAAAUCAGGUAACGAUUUUCAAACGUUUGCCUCCGGAGGUGUCUUGUAUAUAAAACCUCAGUUUUUGUGGAUGUAGAAGCUAGUGUGGCAUUAGACGUUCUGUAAACGAUUAAAGGAGAUUCUUUUUUAUCUCGCAUCACAAUGAAAGACAAACAUUACCAACACAAAAUGGCGGAAAGAAGCAGCCCACAGGACGGCGGCGAAAAUGGUGCACGGGCGCGUUCCCGCGGAUACGUUGGCUCUGGCUCACCAGGCGAGGGUCCGUCACGUUCCAACGGACGCAACACUGCUGGAGCUGCUGGUGGUCAACCGGAAGAAGGCGAACAUCGGGGCCAGGUUGGUAAUUUCCAGCACAGGCAGCAACAGUUCCAGCAGCCAGCUGGUGGUCGAUCGUCGGGGCCAUAUUCGACGCAUCGUGGCGACGGGGAGCGAUCCUCGCCACCGUCACUGACGGCUGAGGUAGCGGCAUUGAAACAGGAAGCACACAGUUCGUCGGAACGUGGUGGUGGUGACGGUCAAAGGGGUGGUAGAGGAGGUGGACGUGGCGGACGAGGUGGAUCGCGUGGAAAUCGCUUCAUUCCGGAAAUCGUUCGUACCCGUUCGGAUAUGUCCGUUUCCAAGCAGGGAAGUUCGGGAACGCAAGUCAUGCUGCAGACCAAUUACUUCCGUGUGGUUCGUCAUGAUGAUGAACGCAUUUUCCAGUAUCGUGUGGAUUUCAAUCCCACGGUCGAAACUUCGAGGCAGAUGAGUUCUCUGAUGUACAAUCUGAAGGGUACAAUCGGAGGAUAUUUAUUCGACGGUACGCAAUUAUUUACGCGAAAUAAGCUCAGCGAUGAGGUCGAAUUCACCACGAAGGACAAGACGACCGAAGUGGAGUACACUAUCACAGUGCGAAGGGUUGGCGCGAUCGAUGGUACAAACGAGACAUCGUUUUUGAUUUUCAACCUUAUCAACCGCAAGGCAAUGGGCGGAUUAAAUUUACAAAUGAUCGGUCGUAGCUUCUUCGAUCCGGACGCAAGAGUAGCUAUUAGACAGCACGGCAUUGAACUUUAUCCUGGUUAUGUCACCAGUAUUCGACAACACGAGCAAGAUGUGCUCAUGUGCGCCGAGAUAACCCACAGAGUUAUGCGCACGGAUACCUGUUAUUCGAUGUUCGAGCAAUGUAUGAAUCAGAGGGGCCACUUUAAGGAUAACUACAAACGAAUGAUCCUCGGUACCGUCGUUAUGACGACUUAUGGUAAAAACAACACGUACACAAUUUCGGACGUUGAUUUCAAUGUUAGCCCGGCGAGCACAUUCGAAACCAAGAAAGGACCCAUUUCCUUCAUGGACUAUUUCAAAGAGCGAUACAAUGUGACGAUCAGAGAUCCUCGUCAGCCCAUGUUGGUGUCCCGCUCGAAGCCCAGAGACAUUCGCGCUGGCAUGCCAGAACUUAUUUAUUUGGUACCGGAGCUGUCAAGAGUUACCGGAAUCACGGAUGAGAUGCGAAGAGAUUUUCACUUGAUGCGCGCUAUGGCCGACCACACUCGCCUAACCCCGGACAGACGUAUCGAGCGAUUGGAAGCGUUCAACCGCAGAUUGCAACAAUCUAAGGAUAGUUCGGAAAUCUUCAAGUUUUGGAAAACCGAGCUGGACAGACGCCUGGUAGAGGUUCCGGCUCGAGUUUUGCCACCGGAAACUAUCUUCUUCCAUCCAGAGCAGGCACAAUAUCAAUGUCAGGCAGGUGAUAUGGCCGAAUGGCAAAUGGCGUUCCGCAACAAUCCGAUGUAUUUGACAGUAGCCCUAUCCAAUUGGGUCGUUGUAGUCCCAAGCGGCAGCGAAAGGCUAAUUAACGAUUUUAUAGAAUGUCUCAAGCAGGUUGCAGGUGGCAUGCACUUCCAGAUUGAUAACCCGAGACGGGUUUCCAUUCCGAAUGAUACACCGAUGGUUUAUGUGGAUCACCUGAAUCAAAUCGUCCAGAGGGACCCCCAGCUGAUUGUGUGUUUGGUCACCAAUGACAAACAGGACCGGUAUGCUGCUAUCAAAAAGAAGUGCUGUGUCGAAAGAGCUGUUCCGACACAAGUGCUGAAAACACGAACAAUUACCCCGAAAGGUGGUAACGUUCGCACGUUGAUGUCGGUUGCCACGAAGGUUGCAAUACAAAUGAACUGUAAGCUCGGUGGCAUUCCAUGGGUUUUGAAGAGCCCUCUGUCAUCGGUGAUGGUACUGGGUUUUGAUGUUUGCCGCGAUUCAAAGGACAAAUCCAGAUCUUUUGGAGCGUUAGUUGCUUCCAUGUACGGCGCGGGCAUUAAACACCCAAAAUAUUAUUCCACGGUUACGCAGCACGGCAACGGAGAGGAGCUGUCCGAUCACAUGUCACUUAAUGUCAUCAAAGCCAUCCGAGCGUAUCAGAACAGCUUCAAAUGUCUCCCGCAGCGUAUCAUUAUCUAUCGUGAUGGCGUUGGCGAGGGUGACUUGAAUUAUGUUCACGAACACGAAGUUAACGCGAUCAAAGAAAAGUUGGUGGCAGCGUACAAAGGACAGGAGUUUCAAUCCAAGCUCACCUUCUUCGUUGUCAACAAGCGCAUCAACACCCGCUUGUUCAACAGGAAAAGAAAUCCAAACCCCGGAACAGUGGUCGAUGACGUUAUCACUCUCCCGGAGAGAAACGACUUUUACCUGGUAUCUCAAAGCGUCCGACAAGGAACUGUUUCUCCCACCUCGUACAACAUCCUGCGGGAUGAGUCCGGACUGAGUGCCGACCGGUUGCAGUUGUACACGUUCAAGCAGACCCACAUGUACUACAAUUGGUCUGGUACGGUUGGCGUACCGGCGGUGUGUCAGUAUGCCCGUAAGUUGUCCACCCUAGCGGGGCAGCAUCUGCACCAGGCUCCCAACACAUGGUUGGAGAAGAAAUUAUACUUCUUGUGAGAUGGGUCGUAAACGCAUCGGACGAGUUCAAGAGCAGAAAUUUUAUUCAUAGUUAUCGCUUACUAUUAUUUUUAGUAUACUGAUGUGUAGAGUUCAGAAGAAGAGAUGAGCAACUGUUCCAAAUUGUUUUCGUAGGUUGAUACAAAGAAUAUCUGAGUGUAAUUUCGACACAUUAUGAAGACACUUUGGCUUUAUGAAACAGUUCGUAUAAUAAAUAAAAAACCAGACUUUGACUAGAAAUUA